UCCCGGACUGGGGCACGAACCUGUAUCCCCUGCAUCGGCAGGCGGACUCUCAACCACUGCGCCACCAGGGAAGCCCUGGACCUUUCCUUUUAAUGAAAUGAAGCCCAGAGACGUGCCGAUUUUUAAGAGCUGAACUGAACUGCAAGCUUGUGGGUGCAAUCAGUGUUAACAGAAGAGGAGAGGGGAAGAGAGGCCUGGCAUCUGGAGUGCUGCCCUGGGAAAGCAUGGUUGGUCGAGAAGGGAAGAGGCAUCUGGGCAGAGCAGACAGUGCUCGCGCCAUGGUGGAGGGGGCAUGGAAGGGCCCUCCACUAAUACAUGUGGUCUCUUGGUACAAACUCAAAAAGGGGCCUCUCCCCCCAAGCAGAAGACGCUUUGUGCCAGGAUGCUCAUUGGACAAGCCUGAGCUGGAUCUCAACCUCUAGUUAUCCUCUUGGCUGGGGCCAAAGGGAAAAUGUGGAGUGAGAAACCCCAGGUGAAGCCAUCGGAUGUAAGAGCAUAAAGUGCCAACAAUUAUUAGCCCUCUUCAAAGUAGUCCGUGAAGUUGUCUGCCGAAAAGACCUUGCAGUUUUCAUCCUCAUCUGCAUCCUCUGAUGGUGCCUGGUCAUAGUCUCAACACAGAGAAGACUCUCUUCAGAAAACCAUCAGCCAAAAAGGCAAGGUGGGGCCGCCUCUUGAUAUCAUGCUGGAGGCGCUGAACUGUACAGCUUUCAGCAUCCAGUGGAAGAUGCCAAGGCACCCUGGGAGCCCCAUCGUGGGGUAUACUGUCUUUUACUCUGAGGUCGGCGUAGAUAAAUCCCUGCAGGAGCGGUCCCACGGUGUGCCACUCGGCCUGGAUACCCUGACCACGGGACGAUUGGAUCAUCAGAUGAUUUUUGAGGAAGUGAUUGGAGAUUUGAAACCGGGCACUGAAUACCGAGUAAGCGUGGCAGCUUACAGCCAGACUGGCAAAGGGCGGCUUAGCUCUCCUCGGCACAUUACCACUUUGCUCCAAGAUUCCUGCCUGCUUCCAGGAGCACCUCAGCAGCUGCACGUCACUGUGGUUUCUGAUUCCGAGGUGGCCCUAUCUUGGAAACCUGGAGAGAGUGAAGGAAGCUCCCCUAUUCAGUACUAUUCUGUGGAAUUCAUCAGGCCAGAUUUUGACAAGAGUUGGACCUUAAUCCAAGAGCAGCUCCAGAUGGAUUCCAUGGUCAUCAAGGGCCUCGAUCCGGACACCAGCUACCAGUUUGCCGUGAGGGCCGUGAACCCCCACGGUCUCAGCCCCCGUAGUCAGCCCAGUGACACCAUCCGAACCGCCCGCCCCGAGGAAUCAGGAAGUGGGCGCUAUGGACCCCAUUAUCUAACCGACACAGAAGUCAGCGAGGACGAUGACACGUAUGAAGACGACUUAGAUUUGGAUAUUUCCUUUGAGGAGGUUAAACCGCUUCCUGCUAUCAAAGAAGGGAAUAAGAAAUUUUGGGUGGAAUCCAAGAUGGUGCCCAGAUCGAACCCGAUGGCCGUUUCUAGGCUUGUCCCCGCUACCCCAGCAUCUCUCCCCAUGACUGAGGUGGCUCCUCAGCCCACUCCAGUGGAGAGGAAAGGGAAGAAUGGUGCGGCUAUGAUGCCAAGGCUUUUUGACGUGUCUUGUGAUGAAAUUCUCUGCUCUGCUGACAGCUUUUGUGUCAAUGACUACACCUGGGGGGGCUCUCGAUGCCACUGCAACCUGGGCAAAGGUGGUGAGAGCUGCUCAGAAGAUAUUGUUAUACAGUAUCCUCAGUUCUUUGGCCACUCCUAUGUAACCUUUGAACCUUUGAAGAACUCUUAUCAGGCAUUUCAAAUUACUCUUGAAUUUAGGGCAGAGGCGGAGGAUGGCUUGCUGCUCUACUGCGGGGAGAAUGAGCACGGGAGGGGGGAUUUCAUGUCCCUGGCUGUCGUCCAGCGCUCACUCCAGUUCAGGUUUAACUGUGGAACUGGGCUUGCCAUCAUCGUGAGUGAAACCAAAAUCAAGCUAGGGGGCUGGCACACGGUUACGCUCUACAGAGAUGGGCUGAACGGGCUGCUGCAGCUGAACAAUGGCACCCCGGUGACAGGCCAGUCCCAGGGCCAGUACAGUAAAAUUACCUUCCAGACGCCUCUCUAUCUUGGUGGGGCUCCCCGUGCUUACUGGUUGGUGAGAGCAACAGGGACAAACCGAGGCUUUCAAGGCUGUGUACAGUCACUCACUGUUAAUGGGAAGAGAAUGGACUUGAGGCCCUGGCCGCUGGGGAAGGCACUCAGCGGGGCUGAUGUGGGGGAAUGCAGCAGUGGAAUCUGCGAUGAAGCCUCCUGCAUCAAUGGUGGCACCUGCACAGCAAGCAAAGCUGACUCCUACAUUUGCCUCUGUCCCCUGGGAUUUAGAGGUCGACACUGUGAAGAUGCUUUCACCCUGACCAUUCCUCAGUUCAGAGAGUCUCUGAGGUCCUACGCUGCAACACCCUGGCCACUAGAGCCCAGGCAUUACCUUUCCUUCAUGGCGUUUGAGAUCACGUUUUGGCCUGACUCGGGUGACGGCGUCCUCCUGUACAGCUAUGACACGGGCAGCAAAGACUUCCUGUCUAUCAACAUGGCAGGGGGCCAUGUGGAGUUCCGCUUUGACUGCGGCUCUGGGACUGGUGUUCUCAGGAGUGAAGAGCCCCUCACCCUGGGUCACUGGCACGAGCUGCACGUGUCUCGCACAGCGAAGAACGGUAUCUUACAGGUGGAUAAGCAGAAAGUAGUGCAGGGAAUGGCGGAGGGAGGCUUCACCCAGAUUAAGUGCAACUCGGACAUUUUCAUUGGCGGGGUCCCCAAUUAUGAUGACGUGAAGAAGAACUCGGGCAUCCUCAAGCCAUUCAGUGGGAGCAUCCAGAAGAUCAUCCUGAAUGACCGGACCAUCCACGUGAAGCAUGACUUCACGUGGGGCGUGAACGUGGAGAAUGCAGCCCACCCCUGCGUGGGAGCCCCCUGCGCCCACGGGGGCAGCUGCCGGCCCAGGAAGGAGGGCUAUGAGUGUGACUGCCCCUUGGGCUUCGAGGGGCUGCACUGCCAGAAAGAGUGUGGGAACUACUGCCUCAAUACCAUCACAGAAGCCAUUGAGAUCCCUCAGUUUAUCGGCCGCAGUUACCUGACAUAUGACCAUCCGGAUAUCCUCAAGAGGGUGUCAGGAUCCAGAUCAAAUGCAUUCAUGAGGUUUAAGACAACUGCCAAAGACGGCCUGCUGAUGUGGAGGGGAGACAGCCCCAUGAGACCCAACAGUGACUUCAUUUCCUUGGGCCUUCGGGACGGAGCCCUGGUGUUCAGCUAUAACCUGGGCAGCGGUGUAGCAUCCAUCACGGUGAACGGGUCAUUCAAUGACGGUCGGUGGCACCGAGUCAAGGCUGUUCGGGAUGGCCAGUCAGGAAAGAUAACUGUGGACGACUACGGGGCCAGAACAGGCAAGUCACCUGGCAUGAUGAGGCAGCUCAACAUCAACGGAGCUCUGUAUGUGGGUGGAAUGAAAGAAAUUGCUCUGCACACUAACAGACAGUACACGCGAGGCCUCGUGGGCUGCAUUUCUCAUUUCACCCUGUCCACCGAUUACCACAUUUCCCUCGUGGAAGACGCCGUGGAUGGGAAAAACAUCAACACUUGUGGAGCCCAGUAACACCAGUUGGCUCUGCCCAAGGGACAGAAACUUCUAUCCUGAGAAACCCGGGGGCUCCAAGACCUUGCCUGACACCACACACAGAGGCACGGGGACCAGGUGUGUUUCCUUUCAUCAAGGAGCAAGUACACCCUGAUGGGAAACUAGGACCAAGACAGGAGUCCCUGGGUGGCCUUUCCUGCUGACACUCUGUGGGCCAAACCCAACGGAAUGCUCUGUGUAGGAAGCAUCGGACUUCGUCCAUUGAAUGUGUAGUGGCCUCCAGAGAUCACACAUCACGGCGAAUUUCCGAGGCUGUCUGCUGUAGCUCAAUGACUGUGUUGUGAUUCAUAGUUUGUAAGAAAAAAAAAAAGAAAGGGAAAAAAGAGAGAGAGAGAGACCCAAAGGGCAGUAUUAAAAUACUUCUCUCCUCCGCUGACUCUUGACACUUACUGAUAGCAGAAUGACCGUAAGACCUUGAACCUCAAAUUUCUCUACUUUGGCCCACGAAUUACUAGGAUUAACCCCUUCCCCUCCUCACUGGCUGGUUCAAUGUGCUCUGACUAUGAAAAUAAGGAUUAAGGGAGACUCGAGAUAGAAUCCUAAUUAUAAAGCUGCACCCUGGAAGUGUACCUUUAAUGAGAAAUCCUUACUUUUUAUAAUGCAAAUCUAAGAAAAGGGGCACCAUGCCUUUGUAGCUGUCCUUUUGUAUGUGUAUAUUUUUAUAGCUACGGAUUGUCCACACAGUAUACUUUUGCAGGUUUGGGUGGACAACCCUGAAUUCUUUGCACACUCACUAAGAAUUUUCUCCCAAAGGAGACUUGUCUGGGCCCUUUGUGGCAUCAGCAGAGCGGGGUAGGUAACUUGGGGUGGGCACUUUGGGGAGCUGACUGUUCUCUCUCGGUAAAUGAUGACUCAAGGAGGUGACUGUGAAGCUUCCAGAAGAAGCAGAUGGAAAGGCACAUGUAUUACUGAGGUGGGUCACUGUCAUUCUGGUUCGAAGUGGGGGGGUGUCUGUAGUGAAGUUGAAUAAAGAAGAUGAACAAGGCUACAGCACAUUCAUUUAGUCGUUCGUUCACCUGUGGAGGGGUUACGGGUCCCUCCCGAGGCGGUGUCUAGAAAUGGACACGAAUACAGUCAGUGCUUCUCAGGCUGGUCUGAGCAUCUGGGCAAGAACCAGAGCAGCGGGGCUGCUUCCUCCUGAGCCAUCACAGUGCCACGCGGUGACCCCGGAAACAGCUGGCUCACUGGCAGAUCCCCACGGCAGGACUUGCCAAGGGCAGGUGAGAUGAAUGCUACCACCAAAGAGGUGGGAAAUGCGAGCCACCUCACACAAGCGCCUGUAAUUAGUCCCAUCGUGACUCUGCUCUCGCUUGCGUAGCAGGCGGUCAGCGAAGGCUUCGAGCUUUGUGCCAAGCACAGUUUUAGGCACAUUAAGGGUUCUAAAACAAUGAAUAAAUAAACUAGAGACGUUCGCCUUGAGCGUCACCCUUCCGCCUCCUGUCUUUGGGCACCUUCGAUGACCAGAAUCCUUCCUCUCAGGGCAAUAAUGCUCACAACAACAGCGAUUCCUCCUCUCCUGCGUACAUCACCUGUGAGUGCGGAGUGGAGAAAGCCACGUGGUAGAGAGUGGGUGUCACCCACAGGGGACCUCCCCGUCACCCUCACCUCAACACCGUUUCCUUGGAGACAUCCGGGGUCAGUGCUUCCCAAGAUAUAAUGGAGUUGCUUUCACAACUCCAAUUGAUUCACAUUUUGAAUCGAUUAAAAAAAAAAAGUCACGGUGAUUUUGGAAAAAUGUCCAGUUGAGCUGAAGCCAGAAGAGUUGUGCUGCGGAUGGGCUGUUGUGCCCUGCAAGUGUCAUCCUGAGAAAAAGCACGGUAACCCGGGGCUGGGGGUCCGGGAGUGACGGACAGGAUGAAUUGCCUUUCCCUAGGUGGGCUAGAAAAACAGGCGUGACACGUGAUGAAAUCAGAGCCGUAGAGAGGCUGCGGGUGAGAAGGCAGCAGAAUAGGGGGACCCAAGAGGAGCUGAUCACGUGGGAGGGCUCCACGUGGGAGAACAGGGUAAGAGACAGUAUAUCCCAAGCUCUUUCACCCUCUCAGUGGCCAAAAUUUGGGAAACGUGGGAUGAGUUUAUAGCAGAGGUGGUUGGGGGAAUAUAAACUUUGUCCUGAAGCUGAGGGAUUAGACCCGAGUUCAGAUGGGCAGGACAGCCGAGGAGAACUCAGCCUGGUUUUGUGGGUCCCCCAGUUUCCUCUCUAAGUGUAUCUGCUGUCUGUCGCCACAAUAAUGCUGCACGACAGACAACCACAGAACCUCAGCGGCAUACCGCAAGGUGUGCGGACUGCUUCCAUGCCUCGAGGGGUCAGCUUGGCAUUUCUGCUGAUCCUGGCUGGGCUUGACCAGGCGGUCCUUCUGGUCUCAGUGGGUCUCGUUCACACGUGUAGGGUGGCUCGCUUAUCGUCGCCUUGGCUGGGAUGAGGAGGUGACUUGGGUCCGCUCCACCCUCCUGCUGGACCCGUGAGCUAGGCUGACGUGCCCUGCACACGGUGAUGGAGGAGGGUGAGAGCACCGGAACUGAGGUCUAAGGCGUUUUACAGCCGGGGAUUGGAACUGCCUCAUGUCGCCUUUGCCGCAUUGCGCUAGUCAAAGUCCGGACGCUCAAGAGAUGAAGCAAUAGACUGUCUCCACUGUGAGAGCAACUACAAAGUCACGCAG